AUGAUUACUGCCCCGCAGCGGCGUCUACUUGUCCUCCUCUCGACUUUCUUCUUCGUGUUUAGCAUUUUCUAUUGCUGUUCGCGUCUCGCAGCAUUGACAGUUGGACCUGCAGAGGUCGAGGAAGAAGUCCUGCGACCGCAAGUCGAACUUCUCAGAGCCGAUAACCCCAUGUCUUAUGGCAUGUAUAACAGACCGCACUACGAUGGUAUCGACCUCAUCAGGAAUCUGCCGAGCGAAUACGUCCCUACAGCAAAGAAUGGAAGGAGAGUAGUCGUGGUUGGUGAUAUCCACGGCAUGCUUGACCCAUUCGAGAAACUACUCAAGAAGAUCGAAUUCAACCCCAAAACAGACCACGUUAUUGCAGUUGGCGAUAUGAUUAACAAGGGCCCGAAGUCUUCCGAGGUCGUUGCUCGUCUUAUGGAACUCAAAGCCAGCGCGGUUCGUGGUAACCACGAAGAUCGCGUCAUUCUUGCAUGGCGCGGCCUCAGUUCUCAGCAGGGCGUCGCCGCCUACCUCGAUACGAAAGAUGCCGCCAAGCACAGGGGCGAAGAGGCAUACUUGAAGACAGCUCGCAGUCUUUCUGAAGCGCAAAUGACGUGGCUGAGAAACCUACCGGUUAUUAUAUCUGCCGAAUCUAUGGCCCUCUACUUUGUGCACGCCGGUCUCGUCCCAGGCGUUCCACUCCCUCAACAAGACGCCUGGGCUGCUGAGAAACUGCGACAAAAGGAGCUAGCAAAGGCGCAGGAGGACGUGCAGACAAAGUUUCAGCAGCGUAGUUUCGUUCCCGGAGAAGAGGGCACCGACUCACAUGCACGCGUUGCCCGCGAUGAACCCGCUCCAGCCGAUUCCGCAGGUGCCGUAUUGUCAGCCGACGAAGCCGCCGCCGAACGCACGAACCCCGAUCGCGAUGUCUGGAUUCCCAUAGAUGGCCAUGAAGGUGAACGAUGGACCGACCUAUGGAAUAGCAAGCAAAGAAAAUUGCGAGGACCCGAUCGUCGUUCUGUUAUUUACGGCCACGAUGCCAAGAUGGGCUAUCAGGAGGACUCGUACACCUUCGGCCUCGACUCAGGUUGCGUCAAGGGUAACGCCCUGACUGCGCUGGUUAUCCAGGCCAAGGAGGAAGGUGGCUGGAAACACUCAACCCAUCAGGCGGGUUACUCAUUUCAGUUAGACGGCGUUAUGGGUCAUGAUAAUGACGGGUCCUUUCUUGUCAAAAUACAUAGACGGGAGUUCUCACGUAAACUAAUGAUAACAGUUCCAUGA